CCAAAACAUAUUCCAUAAACACAUUUCAAGUCCGCCUGCAACAACAAAUCAAAAUUGGGGAAAAACAUUCAACCUAAUUCCGCCAAGAUACAGAGAGAUUAUCGAGUCUCAUAUGGUCAAAACUUGUAUGCAAAAUCACUGAAGCUUCGUAAAAGUUCAUAGAUGCCGGCUUAAUUUCAUCCCUGCAGAAGCGGUUUCAAUUUUUAGGGUUUUUUUUGGUCUGGUGGUGAAUUUGAUCGGCGUUUUGUAGAUUACGAGCUGUUUUUAGCUGCAAUUUAUAGAUGUUUGUUACCAUGCGCGAUGCAUAAGUGAUAAAACGUCAAUUUCUCAAUUUGGUGUUCCACAAUUAUGGCUUCUGGUGGAAAUAUGGCUCCACCAACAGUUGAAAAGGUUGAUGGUGAUUCAAUGUUUGUUGACAAACUGCCCGAGGAAAUCAAUGAAAUGAAAAUUAAAGAUGAGAAGGUGGAAAAGGAAAUGGAGGCAACUGUGGUGGAUGGAAAUGGCACUGAAACCGGUCAUAUUAUUGUUACGACUAUCGGAGGAAGAAAUGGUCAACCCAAACAGACAAUAAGCUACAUGGCUGAGCGAGUGGUUGGCCAAGGUUCUUUUGGAAUUGUGUUUCAGGCCAAAUGCUUAGAAACUGGAGAAGCUGUUGCAAUUAAAAAAGUAUUGCAGGAUAAACGAUACAAAAAUCGGGAAUUGCAAACGAUGCGGCUUCUUGAUCACCCCAAUGUUGUUUCACUUAAACAUUGCUUCUUUUCAACCACAGACAAAGAUGAGCUUUAUCUCAAUCUAGUUCUAGAAUAUGUCCCAGAGACUGCUUAUCGUGUAGCUAGACACUAUAGUAAGGCCAAUCAGAGGAUGCCCUUGAUUUACGUCAAACUAUACACCUAUCAGAUUUUCAGAGCACUCGCGUAUAUUCAUGCAAUUGGUGUCUGCCACCGGGACAUAAAGCCUCAAAAUCUUCUGGUGAAUCCACAUACUCACCAGCUCAAACUCUGUGACUUUGGAAGUGCAAAAGUUUUGGUGAAAGGUGAACCAAAUAUAUCAUAUAUAUGUUCCCGAUAUUACCGUGCUCCUGAACUUAUUUUUGGGGCAACCGAAUACACAACUGCAAUUGAUGUAUGGUCAGUUGGUUGUGUUCUUGCUGAACUGCUUCUAGGACAGCCUCUUUUCCCAGGUGAGAGUGGAGUUGACCAACUUGUAGAGAUCAUCAAGGUCCUUGGUACACCAACCCGUGAAGAAAUCAAAUGCAUGAAUCCAAACUACACAGAAUUUAAGUUCCCACAAAUCAAAGCUCACCCAUGGCACAAAAUUUUUCACAAGCGGACCCCACCAGAAGCUGUAGAUCUUGUUUCAAGACUCCUCCAAUAUUCUCCGAACUUGAGGUGCAACGCUUUGGAGGCAUGUAUCCACCCGUUCUUUAACGAACUUCGUGAUCCAAACACUCGUCUACCUAACGGCCGCCCUUUGCCACCCCUCUUUAAUUUCAAGCCUCAAGAGCUAAAAGGGGCAUCGUUGGAGCUUGUGGCUAAACUGAUACCAGAGCAUGCUCGUAAGCAGUGUGCCUUUCUUGGCUUUUAAUUAAGUCACCGUUAUUCACAAAAUUAUCAUUAUGUUGUAAUAUGUUAUGUUAUGUUUAUUUUCAGAUAUGCUUAUUUAUUAUUACUUUUAGUUUCCCUCAACUUAUGCAAUAUGGUAUUGUUGUAUUAUGUAAAAAUAGAUUGUGCUUGCUAUCCCUAAAUAUUCUUCAAUGUUAUCAAAUUAGUUAUUUUUUGAUAA